AUGCAUUCUCAAAUUGCCCUCGUUAUCCUCGGCUCUGUCAGCGUUCUUGCAGCCCCUGCAAGCGUCGCUGCCGCCACCGAGGCCAUCUUCGACGUGGACAUUGCUGCUGCCGCCGCGCCGCCCCCCGUCGACAUCGAUAUCUCGCAAGACUACUCAAUUGGCGCCUGGAACUUCCUCGGCAACGCAUCUUGGUCCGUCGCUAACCGUGAAGACAACUUGGUCUGGGUGCACGAGUCGCGCUACAGCACCGUCCCUGUCACCGUGGAGCCAGAGCUGGCCGCUCGCGGCAUCGAAGAGCGCACCAUCAGCAACCAGUGGAAAAUCGGCUUCGGAAAGUCAUCUUGCCCAAGCCAAACCAGAACCAUCAACCGAGACGUUUGCAUCACGCAACCUAACGACGCAAGCCAAGCUAUUGUCUACAGCAACACGGCUGGAUAUUCCCCCAAGGUCAACUAUUACAGUGGCAGCGGCUGCGGCAGCUACAUGUUCUCCGUCAUUGGUACCGGUACUAAGUGCGUCAACCUCGGCAACCUCAACGUCUGGUCGUACAUCGCUUUCAACCAGCAGGUGUAGAUGUAAACACACGCCUGGACGAUCCUCGGUUUCUCUGACUAAACAAACUUUUAUGCAAUGGGAUUCAGAACCAAAGAAAAGCAAGAGAACUAUGGAAAAGCUGGCGCCAAUCCAGUUUUUGCCCUGUGGCAAUGGGGCACAUUGCUUGAGACUUUUCGACCAACAAGUUGAUGAGUGAUAAGAGGGUUGAGAGAAAACUUGCUGGUUCGAGAUGGUUU